GCCUUGCGACGACAGAGCUGUCCUACCCACCCGAGCCGGUCAAGCCAAUUUCGAUCAUGAAGUGAAAGUGGUGAUGAUAUUUGAUCGACAGAUCCAAUUUUAGUAAUUAUAUAAAACUGGCUUCCAGUCGAUUCUGUUUCCCAACCGUCUCAUUGAUUGUCUCUUACCUCUCAGAUUUUGGUUUCAGGAAUUAUACUUCAAGUCUCACCACGCAGAGACCCUUUAAACAACGAAAAUGGCCGACGAUGGUUUCGAAUACUACCAUUACGAUCCCUCCAUAGUGGGAGCAAUUAUCUUUAUCAUUCUCUUUAUAACAACAACAUCUCUUCAUUGCUACCAGCUUUUUUGGACUCGCACAUGGUUUAUGAUCCCAUUCAUUGUGGGAGGACUUUUUCAAUGUAUAGGCUAUAUAGGCCGCGCAAUCUCUCAUACUCAGACUCCAGACUGGACAUUAGUACCCUAUCUCAUACAAACGCUUCUUCUGCUCGUGGCACCUGCCCUCUUCGCAGCAAGUAUCUACAUGGAAUUGAGUCGGAUUAUCAUCUUGGCAGAUGGCGAAAGUCGCGCACUGCUUAAGAAGAAAUGGCUUACGAAGAUAUUCGUUGUCGGAGACGUCCUGUCUUUCUUUGUUCAAGGAGGAGGCGGCGGAAUUCAAUCUUCGGGUUCCAGUAGCUCUCUCACGACGGGUAAAUACAUUAUCGUUGGUGGGCUCUUUAUUCAGAUCAUCUUCUUUGGCUGCUUUAUUGUCGUCGCCGUCCACUUCGACCGCGCCAUGAAAAAAGCGCCAACUUCUGCCGCUCAAAACGACACUACCUGGCGCAAACACAUCUUAGCUUUGUUCAUCGCAAGCGCAUUGAUUAUGGUCCGAUCUCUUUUUCGUGUUAUAGAAUACCUACAAGGAUUUUCGGGAUACUUGCUCUCGCACGAGGCAUACCUAUAUGUUUUCGAUGCGUUGUUGAUGUGCACUGUCAUGGUGCUGUUUAAUAUUAUACACCCAAGCGAGGUAGUAGCGUUAUCAAGAGGAGGGAAUGUCGCGACGAGAGGUUGGAAAAUGAAGAAGAUUGGGGCAGAUCGUGAACGUGUUGCAUCUACUGAUUCGGAGAGGAUACUCGCCUGAACUUCUCGACCUGUUACAGGUUGUCGUCGGGUUCCAGGUAUUAGAGAAAACUAAAGAUAGUAUUAGUGAGAUGGUUGGCUGUGGAUUUAGACUUGAACUCUGUAAGGAGAAUGAAUCAAUUUUUCUUUGUAUUUAUUAAUACUAUAUUAACA